UUGCACCAAGAGAUGAUUUAAUAAUCAUAACUUUUAGAACUACAAGUACAACCAUGUUCAUGGCAGUUUAGCGAAAUGGCGAACUUGCAAUAUUGGAGAAUUGAUCAAAGUCAAAUGAUGGAGAAAGGGAGCAUAUAUGUGCAACUCUAAGAUGGUUGAUAUAUGGAUGGAUGGUCCAUAGAUGCAUGUUUGCCUGCAAUGAUGCAAUCCUAAAAUAACUAUGGGCAAGAGUCAACAAGACUAAGUGUGGAGUAGACCAACGGAGCAGAAAUUCAGCCUGCCUUCACACCUUGCAUCAUAUGGAGGUGUCGCGUCAUGCAAGACAAGGAUUUCAGACAUCCAUUCUAGUGAAAGGGUAAAUCUAAGGCUCAAGUCUGCUUCACUUUGGAAUGCCCCAUCAAAAGGGUAUGACUAUCCAGCAUUUAGGUUUAGGGUUACAUUAUCUCAAAGACUGCGAUCAUGUACUCCUCAUGAAAGAUGGGCAGAUUAGUGAGAGUGGCACCCACGAUGAACUACUGGGUCUGAGCGGGGAGUAUGCAAGACUAAUCCAGACCUAUCAUCCAGAGGAGGAAGAGGAGGAGGAGGAGGAGAAGGAGAGAGAAGAAAGCAGGAAAGAUGAAUUGAGCCAAACCCAGCCUUCUCAGGAGAAUGAUGAAAAGAAAGACGAAAAGAAAGCAGGCUCACCCGUCAAAGAUGGGAAGGGCACGUCUGCUGAGCUGAUAAAGGAAGAGAGCAUGGAGUCAGGAAUGGUUUCCAUGGCAACGUACAGCUCCUACGUCCACUAUGCAGGCGGAUGGUGCAAAGUCAUAGGAACGGGUCUCUUCAUCGUUCUAUCUAACGCCUUCCUCGUCGCUACCAAUGCCUGGCCGGCCAUUUGGUUGAGGGCAGCAGACAUGCAAAAUGUGGAAUAUCAAGUAAUAACAAACACGAACGACACCUACACAGACUACUACACGGGAGCUCCAUAUGAAGAAACGGAUGAAAGCCUCGAUCUCGAUGAAAGACUCGACUUCUAUGUUGGUUUCUACGUAGCCCUGUUCUUGGCCGUUCUGGUCAUGUUCGUACUAUCGUCAAAAUUUUAUGUCAUUCUUGUAUUACGAGCCGCCAGCAACCUUCACAACGCCUUGUUUACGAGAGUGAUCGAGAGUUCCAUGAUCUUCUUUGACACCACUCCGCUGGGCAGGAUUCUCAACAGAUUCUCAAAAGACAUGGAUGAAGUUGAUCUUGAUCUUCCAAACUGCCUGUUACGCAUGAUCUACUGCCUGUGUUUUUGCGUGAUUGGCGAGCUUGGAGCGUGCGUCUUUCUCCCAUGGAACAUUCUUCCGUUCCUGCUCUUCAUGCCCGCCUGCCUUUUCAUCCUGCGGUUCUUCCGCUGCGGAUUCUGCGACAUCAAACGGCUGAAUAACAUCUGCCGGUCCCGCCUCGUCUCCCACCUCUCAGCCACCAUGCAGGGACACGCUACCAUCAAAGCUUUCUGCAAGUCAAACUACUUCAUUAGGAGGUACGAAGCCUUACUGGACAGUGACACACAACUGCUCCAGACCGUACAAAUGGCAAUACGCUGGGCUGCGGUCAGACUCGACUCGCUUGCUGCCCUCAACGCUGGAGUGGUGACAGUCAUUAUCAUCCUGUGGAGGAAUCACAUGUCCAAUUCAAUCAUGGGCUUCGUUCUCUAUAUCGUUUCAAGUCUAUGUAUAGGGACCAUCCAAACUACAUUCAUCGCAUUGACGGAGACAGAGAGUAGUUUUAUUGCAGUGGAGAGGCUGUUAGAAUACAUUCAGACUCUACCACCAGAGGAGGCUAAGACUGAGAAGAAAUCACAGGAUGUUACCGGCUGGCCAUCAGAGGGGCGUGUCCAGUUUAAGGGGGUCAAGAUGCGCUACCAGCCCCACCUUCCGUUGGUCCUAAAAGACAUCAAUCUAGUCUUCGAGCCCAGAGAGAAAGUGGGGAUUGUGGGAAGGACCGGAUCAGGUAAAUCGUCUCUUGGAAUAGCCCUGUUCAGACUGACACAGAUCUGUGAAGGGUCUAUUCUCAUUGAUGGGAUGGACAUCGGUAAGCUAAGCCUCCAGGACCUACGCAAUAGCCUCUCCAUCAUUCCUCAGGAUCCGGUCCUCUUCAUUGGAACCAUCAGAUACAAUAUAGAUCCUUUCAAUGAGCAUCCUGAUCAUGAGCUAUGGGAAGCACUGGAGAAAACUCAUAUCAAGCAGACGAUCACUAAUCUUGAUGGAAAGCUUGGUGCGCCGGUGCUGGAGAAUGGAGAAAACUUCUCGGUCGGCGAGAGACAGCUCAUUUGCAUGGCCAGGGCAUUACUACGAAAAAGCAAGGUUCUGUUACUAGACGAAGCAACAGCAGCUAUAGACACGCACACAGAUAGCCUUAUACAGCAGACUAUACGAGACGCAUUCCAAGAUUGCACCAUGCUCAUCAUAGCACAUAGACUCAAUACAGUACUAGAUUGUGAUAAAAUACUAGUCAUGGACCAGGGCCAGGUGGGAGAGUUUGAUUCACCGUCUAACCUACUCGCCAAUCCUAACUCCAAACUGUCAGCCAUGUUGGAAGCAGCUGGAGACAAGACCACACCAGGGCAGAGCUCUCCAUGACACAGUCCUGGGCCCCCGUUUCACAAAACUUGUCAUCAGUGACAAAUGACAGUUUUUGUUAUAAGCUACUGAAAUCCUUGCUUCUGAUUGGUUAUCAGCAGAUUUGUCACUGAUAUUUUUCAUUUGUUAAUGAAAAAAGGCUUUGUGAAACACCCUCCUGAUGUACAUGUAGGCCUAUGCUAGACCCAACUGUGGGCCUGUACUUGGACCUAUUGUAGGUGCUGCUGCAUGUAUCCAUAUUAGACCCAGUGUGGACCAGUCCUGGGGAGGUGCUUGUUGGAGCCAUGAUACAGGGUGAACCAGUGCGGACCUAGAUGAGGCUAAUGUGUAUGGAUCCAUAGGAGAGCUACAUGGACAUAGUCUUUUUCUAUUCAAGACUAACUCUGCUAUUGUAUUCAAGUUUUGGUGCUCGGUUGACUAAUGGGUUCUGCCAAUUGAAUUAGUCAUCUAUAGAAUUAGAAGGAUUAGAGGGAUAAAAAUAUAUUUAUUGGCGACCCACCCCCCGCCCCCCCCCCCCC